UCAGCCUGGCUGGUUCUGUCAGAGACUGUAGUCUGGGUUUAGUCCGGGUCUAGUCCUGGUUAUAGACCGGUUAUAAUCAGGUUUAUAUUCAGAUUAACAUCUGUCAGACUCUCCUUCUCUCUAAAAUGAUUUAAUAACCCUCACUGCUGGUCUAACCUCUCCAUGAUAACGGACUAAACUAGCAUGAGCUUCUCUGAACAUCAGUGAGAACGAUGCCGUCCCCGAUGGAGGGAUCCUCCGGAGAAGGUGACCUCUUUACGGUGAAACACGAGCUGAGACACGCCAACCUGACUGGCCAUGUGGAGAGAGUGGGCAUAGAGAACUUUGAGUUAUUAAAGGUGCUUGGCACAGGAGCGUAUGGCAAAGUGUUCUUGGUGAGGAAAGUGAGUGGUCAUGAUACAGGGAAGCUGUAUGCCAUGAAGGUUUUGAAAAAGGCUACAAUUGUGCAAAAGGCAAAGACUGCUGAACACACACGGACAGAGCGGCAAGUGCUGGAGCACAUCCGCCAGUCUCCGUUCCUCGUCACACUUCACUACGCCUUCCAGACAGACACCAAGCUGCACCUUAUUCUCGAUUAUGUAAAUGGUGGAGAGCUCUUUACACAUUUGGUGCAAAGAGUGAGAUUUAAAGAGCGAGAGGUAGCCCUGUACAGUGGAGAGAUUGUGUUGGCAUUAGAGCAUCUACACCAGCUCGGGAUUGUCUAUCGGGACCUGAAACUAGAGAACAUUCUCCUGGAUUCAAAUGGUCACAUAGUUCUGACAGACUUCGGCCUCAGUAAAGAAUUUGAUCAGGUGGAGAGAGCAUUCUCUGUCUGUGGCACCAUUGAGUACAUGGCUCCAGAAAUAGUCGAAGGAGGAGAGUCUGGACACGACAAGGCGGUGGACUGGUGGAGCCUCGGUGUGCUGAUGUAUGAGCUCCUGACUGGCGGGUCUCCCUUCACUGUUGAUGGGGAUGAAAACUCGCACACAGACAUCGCCAAGAGGAUUUCAAAAAAGGACCCUCCUUUCCCCAAAGACAUGGGACCUUUGGCCAAAGACCUCAUCCAGAGACUGCUCAUCAAAGACCCAAAGAAGAGACUGGGAUCAGGUCCUAAUGGAGCAGAGAAUGUCAAAAAACACCCAUUUUACCAGAAAAUUAACUGGGACGACCUGGCAGCUAAAAAGGUUUCGGCUCCGUUCAAACCAGUGAUCCGGGACGAGCUGGACGUCAGUAACUUUGCAGACGAGUUCACAGAGAUGGACCCUACAUACUCUCCUGCAGCUCUGCCCCAGAACUGUGACCGUAUCUUCCAGGGAUACUCUUUCAUGGCCCCCUCCAUCCUGUUUAAGAGGAAUGUGGUGAUGGAUGAUCCCGUCCAGCUGUGUGGGGAUUCAGAGAGGCCGGGUUCUGCAGCCGUGGCCCGCAGCGCCAUGAUGAAGGACUCCCCCUUCUAUAUGAGCUAUGAGAUGGACCUGAGGGACAGCGCUCUGGGAGAGGGGAGCUUUUCCAUCUGUAGACACUGCACACAUAAGAAGAGCGGACAGAAAUACGCAGUGAAGAUAGUCAGUAAGAGGAUGGAGGCUCAGACUCAGCGGGAAAUAGCCGCUCUGAAGCUCUGCGAUGGCCACCCUAACAUCGUGAAGCUGCAUGAAAUUUACCACGACCAGCUCCACACGUACCUGGUCCUGGAGCUGCUCGGUGGAGGGGAGCUGCUGGAGAGGAUCCGCAGGAAGCAGCAUUUCAGUGAAACAGAGGCCAGCCGCAUCAUGAGAAAGCUGGUGUCUGCAGUCAGCCACAUGCACGAUGUUGGAGUAGUGCACAGAGACCUGAAACCGGAGAACCUGCUCUUCACAGACGAGAGUGAGAACUCCGAGAUAAAAAUCAUAGACUUUGGCUUUGCACGCCUCAAACCACCAGACAAUCAGCUCCUGAAGACUCCCUGCUUCACACUGCAGUACGCUGCGCCAGAGAUCCUCAAAUAUGAUGGCUACGAUGAGUCCUGUGACCUGUGGAGCCUCGGGGUCAUUCUGUACACCAUGCUGUCCGGUCAGGUGCCUUUUCAGUGCCAGGGGACGAGCCUGACUCACACCAGCGCUGAAGAGAUCAUGAAGAAAAUCAAACAUGGAGAUUUCUCUUUUGAAGGAGAGGCCUGGAGGAAUGUUUCCCAGCAGGCUAAGGACCUGAUCCAAGAACUGCUGACAGUCGACCCAAACAAAAGGAUUAAGAUGUGUGGCCUACGUUACAACGCCUGGCUGCAGGCCGACAGCCAGCUGUCCUCCAACCCUCUCAUGACCCCAGACAUCCUGGGCUCCUCCACGGCCUCCGUCCACACCUACGUCAAAGCUACCUUUAAUGCGUUUAACAAAUGUAAGCGGGAAGGCUUUCGCCUGCAGACGGUGGACAAGGCUCCACUAGCCAAGAGGAGGAAGAUGAAGAAGACGAGUACCAGCACAGAGACCCGCAGCAGCUCCAGUGAGAGCACUCAUUCUUCAUCGUCCUCCUCCCAGUCUCAGGGGAAGACUUCCCCAGGGGAGGACACCAACCCGCUCCCCUCCAACAGCACGCCUGUCAGCACCCCUGUUGGCCUGGACUCCGACCACCCAGCAGCCCACCCAGCCUUUGACUUCGCUUCAGGACAGUGAGGGUCAGAAACCACGGAUCCAGACGGCUUUCAUGGUUGGAGCAGCGUAGAGACGGCCAUCUUCUCUUCCUCUGUCCCUGGCUGCUCUCUGCCUUUGGCUCACUUGCAUGGACGUCCGCACGUCUCCAGAAACCAAGCAUGCAGCAGGAGCAGCAACCAUCACCUCAGUAUCAACCAAUCAUCACUAGCAAUAGCCUCUUCUUUCUUUCUCUGAGCUUCACUCACAGACCGUACCAAUCAGGGACUGGACCAAGAAGGAGACCACUGUCCACCAUGAAAAGGGCUGUCCUACCGGCCCAUGGACAGUCUCGUCAGCCAGUCUUAGCCCAUCUCUGUCUGCUCCGUUUACCUGUCUCUGUCCACGCCUCCGGAGGUUUAAAGGGAAAGUGGUCGUGUUUACACCGUGGAUGUUUCCUACUUUUGUGUCAAAAGGAGAGAAGACUUGUGCUUCUCUUUUCUGAGAAGUCUCUGCAGAUAUUUAUAUGUGAAUUUUACAGACUGAGAUUAUUUAUGAUAAGCUAUAUUAACUUAUUUAUGGUUCAGACUGAUCUAGACAUCAGAUAGUGAGUCUUUAAAAAAGGAGCUUUGUGUUCAUGUGAUUUUCCAUGUAGGUCAUUUCUACGUUAGCGUAGUUUACUGAGACAUAAAGAGAUUAGCACCAGUUGUGUUAAUGGUUGUUAUUCGUUUAUUUAUGAAGGAGCUGCAGCUUCGUCCUCUAGGUAGGAAGUUUCAUGUUCAUGAGGAGUAGAAAAAGAAAUGUUUUAUAGGAAAGUACCAAAUGUGGGUGCAGGAUGUUCAGCCAAAUUUGUGCUUUUAUUGUUGAAUGGGGAGCACUGCUGCCUGAUGGGACCUGACCCCCCUGACGAGAGCUAAAUUUAGACUCUAUUUUUCCUCCCAUGUGGGACGUUAUCACUGCUGCUGCUCCACAUUGUCUGAUCCUACAGUCAGUAUUUAGCCCAGCAGUGUAUUUUCCUGGUGUGGUGCAGCUUUAUAUCACUGAGACCUUUUGGAUUGAGCAGAAAGUUCCCAGUAGAAAAAUUCAGAUCAGCUUAGUGAGGGCUGGAGAAGGUGUUGUGAUCAAGAUGCCAAAGGGCAGCUGUAAGAGGCUUCCUCAUCAGAUCAUCACUUUUUUUAUAAAUAGGAAAGUUUAUGUGCCAAAAAUUCUACUAAUUUAGGAAAUAGACAAGAUUGAUGCUCUGAUUUAAAGGUGGUGACAUAGUAGAACCUUUUAAGGCAAUAUAGUGCAAAAAAACACCCCUCGAGUCUUAAAACUACUGCUAAUGUCUAAAAUAUCAGCUCCUCUGUUUACCCUGUGUUUCUGCAUGACUGAAAUUAGUGAUCUGUUUGACCUCCUUGCUCUGAGGCAGAUUUCCUCAGUACAAAUCCUCAGUGCAUGAUUUAAAGUCAAACUUCACCUUCCUCUUUUCCCUUUAUUGGCUCUUUAAAGCAGCAGAGUAGCAGCACUUUAUCAGGACAAUAAUCCAAGAUAUUGUGAUUAAAGACGUGAUAUUACAGGGUUAAAAAGGUAGACCUGAUGACUUCACUUAGUAUUAUAAAUAUAAUAUAAUAUUAAUAAUAAUAAUAAUAACUAUUAUUACUAUUAAUAUUAUUGAAUAAUAAUAAUUAUUAUUACUGAAGACUUGAUAUUACAGGAUUAAAAGUGGUAACUUUGCUGGAAUGAAGGUGUAAAAUUAUGAGAUUAGAGUUGCCACACAGACAUGGACAAAGUAGUGAAGAUGUCUCUAAUUAUUAUUAAUAUUAAAUAAUAAUUACAAUAACUUAAUUUAGUAAUAAUAAUAAUAAUAAAGACAUGAUAUCACAGGGUUUGAAAGGUAGUACUGAUGAUGUCACUCAUUAUUAGUAUUAAUCUUAUUAUAUAAUCGUAAUUAUCAUUUUUAAAGACAUAAUAUUACAGGAUUAGAGUGGUAAAUUUGCUUGAAUCAAGGUGUAAUUUUAUGAGAUUAGAGUCAACACAGACAUGGAUGCCCCUCCUUAUUAUUAUUUAUAAUAUAUAUGUUUUAUCAUCACUAGUAUUAGUAUCAGCAUUAUUGUUAUCAUUAUUUUAUUAUUAUUAAUAAUAAUAAUAAUAGUGUAAAAAACCCUAACCCAUUAAAAGUGGUUUCCAUGGAAAGACCCUGAAGUCUAACUAACUGAGGCAGAAUUAGGAGGUCAAAGUCAAACGUUUAGGAGAAUAAAAUUCCAAAUUUAGUCCAGGGUUUCAUAUUUUAUUUUGAAAAGGUUUACCUGAACCAGCUGACUGUGGCAUUGUUUUCAACUGAGUUCAAAUGCAACAGAUAAUUUUAGUUAAUCUGUAAAGAUGAAAUAAUCUCAGAAAACAACCAGUGAACAUCCAGAUUAAAGCACCAUUAAAAAAUAAUUUGCCUUUUAGUUUUAAGGCCUUUUUACAUUUGAGAAUGUAGUAGUGAAGUUAAUGCUUUAUAACCGAAUAAUCAGAACCUUAACUUUUAGAUUUUAUCUUAUUUUUCUUUUUAAUAUACACAUUUAUGAAUGACUUAAUCUCUUCAUUUUAAUAAAAAAAAUAUUAUGUCAUGAUGAUUUUAAUAGAAUUACUAAUCUGAGACUAAUCUCAGUUUAUUAUAAAAAUACUUUUUUUUUUUUUUUAGAUUUUAAUUUUUGGGCCUUUUCAUGCCUUUAUUAGAUAGUAGAAGGACAGUGGACAGACUCGGAAACAGGGAAGAGAGUGGGGAGAGACAUGUGGAAAAGGGCCACAGGCUGGAUUUGAACCCAGGCCGACAGCGUAAAUGGGUAGCGCCUUAAACCACUCAACCAUCUGUGCGCCCAUAGAAAUAUAAUUUUAACCAUUUUAGUUACCUCCUCUUACCAUUUAAAUUCUGUAAUAUCACGACUUUAAUCUCAUAAUAUCAGAACUAUUAAUAUUAUUACUACUAUAACUAUCUACCUGAUUCCUCCCUGACAUCAGACUUUCUUCUUUAGUGACUUAAAUCUUGUAAUUUCAUGAUGUCUUCUCUCAUUACUUAGAUGCUUUAACAUCAGAACUGUCGUCUCUAAAGUCUGACAAUCUCUUAAUAUCAGGACUGUCUUCUCUCAUAAUAUUAUCAUAAUAUUACAGCUUAAAUCUCUUAAUUUUCUGGCUUUUUUCACUCAUAACUACUAUCUUAUAUCAGGACUUUAGUCUCAUAAUAUCACGGCCUACUCUCCUCCUUCUUUUUGGCUUUUAUUCUCCUUCAACAUGAUCUUAAACCCUGAAACCUCCUCUUUAUUCUCUUAACUACUCUGUUUCAGGUUCUUACCUGAGUUCAUGUGUUUUUCUAACAGCCCAUUAAAAAAAUGACCUGAGGAACCUUGGGUAGUUUAACCGUUUGAGGUGUGAUAUAUUCAGACCCCGCCCCCCUCUAUGAUAGCUUGAAUAUUGUAACGCUCCAGUGUUAGCAGGAUAGCUAGACCAGUUAAUGCUCUGUGAAUAGUUUUUGCAGUCAGUGUGGGUCUGUUUCAUGUUAAUAGUUGAAAUCUUGUGUUUUUUCAGUAUGUACAGGGGUAUUUGUGUUCAGUCUGUGUCCGUCAGGAAAAAAAAACAACCUUGGUAGGACUUCACUGUGUGCAUUUGAAUACUCUCCCUCAUCUUCUUCCAUUUUAAUGCACUCUGAUCUGAACCAAAGCAUUAACUUCAAGGUAGCUGCUCUAAGCUGCAUGAGAUUUCUUCUUUCAUGCAAAUAUGCAAAGAAAUGCUUCACAUGUUUCUGUUGUAUCUCUGCUGAAAUAUGUUUGAUGUGAUCUUCUAAAUCCAUACCCUGCACAUUAUCAUGCUCUGAUCUAUGCAUCUCUCUUCUUACCAUUUCACUAAAUGGCUUCAAGGAUACUGCUAAAGAAAGCAGGAGAUGUUCAUAUACUGUGCUUUCUACUCCCAUAGCAUCAGCCACAAUAGAACGAGUAAAGGCGGAUCCACCGUCCGUAUGAAAAGCUGGAAUCCUUGGAGCUAAACACCACAAAGCUCUUGUCUAACUGAGUUUCGCAUGAGUUCCCCGCUGCUGCCUCAUUAAGCCUCUCUUCUUUUGUUUGGGUGUAUUAAUAGCUCAAGUGGAGGAAGAGGAAAAGUGUCCUAUAUGGAGCUUCCCUGUGGGAGCCAGGCUCUAUUAGCUGAUGUGCUGCAGUGCUGUUUGUUCCAAAGAAAAUACUCCACUCGCUGCCUCUGUGGGACCUGGCUCACUUUGCUUUGGAGGGAAGAAAACAUGCAGGGUUGGGUUAGUGGCGAGGUCUCUGGAGGCCGAGUCUCAAACUUAUUCCUCGUUGAUGGAGAGAGAGGACAGUUGUUUUUUGGACAUAUGGUCCACAUUUCUGCUGGUUCCCUCUGUUUGAAUGAAAGUUUCUUUCCCACCUUAAGUGCUUCCUCUUAUGUGUUUUUGGAUAUAAGGUAGAAAGCAGCUGAACAUCUGAACCUUUUUUGCAGCAUAAAUAAGCGCCCUGGUAUGAACUGUUAAUGAUGCCUGCCGUGUGUUGGUUAGCUUAAAGGUAGGACUUGAGAGAUGAGCUUGGGUACCAAAGCUCAAAGUCACAUCAGACUUAUAGAACUAUGAAAGCAUGGCCAUUUCUAUGUAUUUUAAAAAGACAUGGUGAUUCUAAUUGGAUGUGGUGAUGUUUAAGGCAGAUAUGGAUUUUAUAAUGGAAUCAUUAAGGAGCUGUCCUUGGUGCUGAAGCGGCCAAAUCAGUGCUGUUGCUGCAAAAACACAAGUGUCUUUCUACAAUGACCCCUAAUAAUAUUUUCCCUUCAUCCAAGUAAUCUUAGCCUGGAGUUUGCUCCUUUGGUCAACUAAUGGUGCCUGAAAACCACACUGUUUGGGUUAUCUGAAUCUGAAAGGGGGACAUCUACCAUCUCCUCUGAUAAUAAGUCCCAAAAGUGAAAAAUUGAAGCUGUGUAAAGCUUUUCAUAUCCAUGUAAAGUCUGAUUAAUUUCCUAGUUAUAUCUCCUUAGUCAGUGUCAGUGAAAGUUUGAUUUAUCUGGACAAUUUAGGAAGAAACAGAAGAAGCAGUUCACUUACUGGUACUAAUAUAUAACCUAUCAGAGCCGAUGGAUUGGCCUGACCCACGUCUGUCAUCAGGCUGACCUACUUUGAAAAGUUCAAGCUGAUUGGCUUGUUCCUGGUCGAAGAAUGAGCGGACCAAUCAGCAUCAUUAGAGGAGAAAAGGGCGGUAGCAAAGGGGCAGAGCAAAGAACCAGGCUGAAAGAUUUCCCUAGUGGAAUAGAUGUUUCUACUCUUUUUCUUCUGACCAGCUUCAGUAAGAGUUUGAUGUCUCUACUGACCCUAGCCAACCCUAACUAGCUCCACUGAUGGUGAACAGGGACAACAGCUGCCUGUCCAGCUUGUAAUUUGAAGUUCACUCCUCAGUGGCGGUGCAUCCCUACUAUGUCACAGAUUGUGUUGCUCUGAUUGGCCCCCAAUUGUCACCCUUUCCAAACACCAUGUAUGGGCUGUGUGAGAGGGGUCUUGCAUCAGGCCGCCACUCUCAGACCCCCCCCUUGCCCCCACCUGCAGACCACCACUAUAAGACACCAGCUCUGUCAGGAUGGAAGUGGUGUAUGCGUGUACGCUGUAUUUUCCAUUUUUAAAAUUGUUACGUGAACGGUGACUAGCCUUAGCUACGUUAACUGCAUUGGUGUGUUUUUUCUGUAACUGCACUGUUAAGCCUGCUUUAUUAAAUGUUCUAUAAUUAAGUUUGCAGGUCAGGUUUGUGUAACUACCCUACUCCUAAACCUAACCCUAACUGGAAGUAUAACCAGAUUUUAUUUUGAAAGGUUUUGUGGUUUUAUUUUCCUGGUCUGCAGCCAGACUGUGGACCAGAUCCCACUCUGUUAUAUCAUAGUAAUCUGGACUGUUGGGUGACUUAGCAUGUGAGGAACCAUGGCUUUAAAGGGUAAGGACACUUGUCAUUGGAUGCUUUUCUGCUGUUUAAAGACUUUUUUUUACCUAUUUAGCCUUUAUUUUGAUAAGCCAGGGAAGAGAGAAAGGAAAAAGAGCAUGGGGAUUGACAUACAGACUGUAAGCUCUUUAUACUGGGAACAUGCUCAGACUCUGAAGCUUAACCAGUGACCUAUUAAUCCAUGUUUAGGAACUGUUCUCCUUAAUUCCUUCCUUAGAGGUCAAACUAUGUGGAACUACAGGACAACACUGGGGUCUUUUUGCAGCAGUUAAUGUCACAUGAAAAGUUUUUCUUGUUCUGUUGUUGGGAGAAACUUUGAUGCUUUGUAGUCGUAGGGAUGUCUCUCAGUGCUGAUACCACCCUGCCUCUGUAGACAUCAUCGUUAUCCUCUCCAUAUUCAUCAGCGUCAUGCAUGUGCUUCUGCAGAUAUCCUGUCCCAUCUUCUUGUCAUAGCGCUCCUGCAGCGUGUUAAACAGUACUGUAGCAGUGAAUCCCUUUGAGAUUGGUCAACUUUAAACUGUUUUAAAAAAAACACAAUCAAGCUUUAAGGGCAGAACUUUGCACUUCUUUCUUAUUUCAAUCAUGCAACCUGUUUAUUUUUUGUAGAAGAAACAAUUUCCUUGUAGAUUUUGUGCAGGUUCAGAUGUUUGACCCGUCUGUGUGGCUGUCCCAACAUUUCUAAGAACAGAAACCUCAACACUGGCUCGUCUCACCCUGUGCAUAUGUACCUGCUUCUUUAGGCACUGUGAACAUCAGCAUUCAGGUCUUUAGGUACAGACUAACCUUCCUUUGCUUUAACUGCCAGCUGAAUUCAUGUCCAUGUAAAAACCUGCUCCCAGUCUUUGAACAGCUUCACUGUGUUUACUUUGUGACACCAGGAUCUGUGUUCAACUGUCAGAAGGACAAUAUAUGUACUACUUCCUGUUCAUUGAUUAAUCCUGAUCAAUAAAUUCAGAAAAAAAGUGUUCAUUUCUAAAA